CAUAACCCCAAAUCAAGGAAUGAACAAGACGUCAAUGUUCAAAACCCCCGCUUAAACGUCAAUAUGAGCGAGCCACCCCCACCGGGACAGGAACAGCCUGGCAGGGCCUGGAAAUAGAGGGUCUCUCAGUGGCUGUGACGACAGGAAUCGUGAUGCUGCUCGGGGAACAACCCCCGAAGUCUACUGUCCCUCCACUUGUAAUAUUGUGGGGGAAGAAGUCGGAGUUGGAGACCCCGGGAAAUCCUCUUGAGCCGCUUCCCCUCGGCCGGCAAAAGCACCAAUUCCCUUCGGCAGCCCGCUAUCAAAGGUCACGAUGGCCCAUGACAUUCCGAUAUGAUGCGCCCCCAAUGGAGCUUUUUACGUAUCAUGGUUGGGUCUUUACGUCCUCUCAGAGUCUCUCGGUCAUGUUGUUGCGGGUUGAAGUCCUGUCUCUUGCGGAUGGGCCCGUUGAUAACCCCCGUCGGUUAAUGAAAGUAUGGAUGGAUGUACCUAAUUAUGAAUGAAUGGAUAUCAUUGAUCGUCGUAUCCGUCAAUUGUCGUCAAAAUCACGGACGGACGCGGUAUCCGUAGUCAACGUACCUACGUAGAACUGUAUUCCUUUACAUAACUGGUCCCGUUUCCCCAAUAUUCGUCGCGUGCCUCUUCCUUUUCUUCCUCUCUCUUCUUCUUUCAUCUUUCUCUCUCACGAUACCCUCAUACUAUUCCCAUCAUACUUCUUGUCUCUGCCGGCUUAAACCUUCUCCCGGUCUAAGUCAACCCAAAGCCGCUUCUCCAACUGCCCCUCCCAACGACGAUCUCAACCAACUUCUCCUCCUUUCAUACCUAUUCUCCCCUCACAAAACACAAAUUCACAAUGGCUACUACAAACAGCGGACAAGAAACCGAAAAGGUUAACACUAACAUUGUUACCCUCACCCGCUUCCUCACUGAGGAGCAGGCCAAGCACCCAGAGGCCACUGGUGACUUCACUCUAUUGUGUCACGCUCUCCAGUUCUCCUUCAAGUCAAUUGCCUACUACAUUCGACGCGCUACCCUAGUCAACCUCACCGGUCUGGCUGGUUCUUCCAACAUCACCGGCGACGACCAGAAGAAGCUCGAUGUCAUCUCCAAUGACCUCUUCAUCGAGGCCAUGCGCUCGUCAGGCAAGUGUGCGCUCCUCGUCUCUGAAGAGGAGGACGAGAUCAUCUACUUCAAGGAUGCUCAUGACGCUCACUACGCCGUCGCUUGCGAUCCCAUUGACGGAUCCUCCAACUUGGACGCCGGUGUCUCAGUCGGUACCAUUUUCGCUAUUCAUAAGCUCCCCGAGGGCUCCAAGGGUGUCAAGGAGGAUAUCCUGAAGCCCGGUACUGAGCUGCUCGCUGCUGGUUUCACUAUGUACGGCGCCUCUGCCCAGCUUGUCAUCACUAUGCGCGGUGGAACCGUCAACGGUUUCACUCUGGACAACGGCAUUGGCGAGUUCAUUCUGUCUCACCCCGACAUGCGCCUCCCCAAGUCGCGCGCCAUCUACUCCGCCAACGAGGGUAACUCUCUGUACUGGGAGGACAAGACCAUCAACUACUUCAACUCUCUAAAGCAAGCUCAAGACGACGGCAAGCCCUACAGCUCGCGAUACAUCGGUUCCAUGGUUGCCGAUGCUUACCGAACUCUGCUCUACGGCGGUAUCUUUGCUUACCCCGCCGACAAGAAGAGCCCCAAGGGCAAGCUCCGUAUCCUGUACGAGUGCGCGCCCAUGGCCCUCAUCUUUGAGAAUGCUGGUGGUCAAGCUGUCGACAGCAAGAUGAACCGUAUGCUCGAGGUGGUGCCCGAGCACAUCCACGACAGGGCUGGUAUCUUCAUGGGUAGCUACGACGAGGUCGAGAAGGUGAAGAAGUUCCACAACUAAGAAGGGAAAUCGAAGAGAAUGGCGCUUUGGCAUGGGAUCAUGAAAUCAGUUAAAUAUCAAAAAGCGAACCUCAUGAGUGAAUGAGUAUUUUAAUGAUGAAUUUAUCAUAUCUUCCAUUUUCUGAG